UGGCUCGCCCGGGCUGGUCGCCACGACGUCGACGAAGCCUCCCUCUCCCAUGGCCGGGACUCGCUGGGUGCUGGGCGCGCUGCUCCGCGGCUGCGGCUGUAGUUACAGCAGUUGCCGCCACACCGGCGCGGCCUGCCUGCCGCUCCGGCCCCCCUCCUCGUCGCCGCCGCCCGCCGGCGCCCUCGGCCUUUGGGGCCGCCGCCGCCUCCUGCUCUUGCUCGGGGCAGCCACGCAGAGCCGCGGGUUCUCCAGCUCCGCCGGGCCGGUGCCCGGCUUCGGCUCCUGGCGGGGAUCGUUGCUAUCCCCGGCCCUCGCGGGCCGCUGCUACAGCCAGGAUCAAGAGUCUUUUCAAGAGGGAUAUCACUUACCCCCAGAAUAUGAAAUAUCUCCAGAAGAAACAGAAGAGCAGAAUGAAGUGCAUCUGAUUCGAGCCCAAGGCCUGCCAUAUGACUGCACUGAGCAAGAUGUUCUCAACUUUUUUUCAGGGAGCAAGGUCCGAAAUGGCGUGGAGGGCAUACAUUUCCUCUUAUACCGAGAUGGCAAGCGCAGAGGAGAUGCUAUAGUUGAACUUGAGUCCGAACAGGAUGUGCUGAACGCCUUGAACAAGCACCGGAAAUACCUGGGCCAGCGCUACGUGGAAGUUUUUGAAAUACGUAAUAAGGAUGUUGAUGUCCUAAUGAGGAGCCUGAAGUUCCGUUCGGCACCCAUAAACAAUGAUGGAGUGGUACGACUGAGAGGUCUGCCCUACCGUUGCUCUGAAGUAGAUAUUUCAGAGUUCUUCUCAGGUUUGACUAUACAGGACAUAGUAUUUGUCUUUGACUACGAAGGAAGGAGGAAAACAGGAGAGGCAUUUGUACAGUUUGCAACACCAGAAAUGGCUAAUAAAGCUUUGUUGAAGCAUAAGGAAGAAAUUGGGAACCGCUAUAUAGAAAUAUUCCCAAGCCAAAAGAGUGCAAUUCGAACACACAGUGACUUUUUCCGGUAUAAGAAGAUGAUGGCAUCUCCCAUUCCAAAGCAAUGUUCUGAAACCAUUUUUGAGGAAAGCAAGUUGAAUGAAGUCUCAAAGCCCAGUCUGGCGUAUGAAAAUGAAAACAAAAGUGAGGCUUUUAAACAAGUAUUUGAAAAGCCUCAGGAUGUGGCUGAAUCAGGAUGUUUCUCCUCCCCUUACUUUGUCCACCUGAGGGGGAUGCCUUUUCAAGCAACAGCGCAAGAUAUUAUACAUUUUUUUGCUCCCCUAAAGCCUGUGAGGAUCACAAUGGAAUAUAAUUCAAGUGGCCAAGCGACUGGAGAAGCAGAUGUUCACUUUGAAACACACACAGAUGCAGUUGCAGCCAUGGCCAAGAACAAGUUUAAAGUCCAACAUAGAUAUAUUGAAUUAUUUCUGAAUUCAUCACCAAGCAGAAAAUAGAGCAGCCUGUGACAGUGAUAUAAUUCCCAAAGUUUAGAUAAAUCAAGAUGCGUUUCACCUGCACACGUUCCUAGAGCUGGACUACUGUUGUCCCCCUCCCCCUGAAUUGCCUUUCAAAGAAAAUCCAGUGGCUGCAUCUGAAACCCUUACAAAAUGUUUGUGCAGGAUCUGUUUUAUGUAAACCAAAAUUAAAGUUGAACUGUACUUAAA